ACACACACACGGGGAAUUUCAUAAACAGCCCGCGGAUCUCCUUCUGCCGUCACCAGGAGGAGGCGGGGAAGGUCCACAGAGGAGCCGGGCAUGUUCAAACAUAUCCAGGCAGACCAGCCUACCAACCUCUAGUGUUUUCAUUGCGCAUGGCAUUUAUUUAUAUACACAGAAUAUAAACGCGUUGUGUUGUAUUGGCUACUAUUACUCAUGACAUAUCUCGUACCGAUAUGUUUUCCUGAGUGACACUUGGCGCCGCACAGUAACGCACGAGAGGUGUGUUUAAUGGACACAUCUUGGGACGAAUCACUGUCUGAAGGUUUCCUACAUUUCGUCUCUGUCUGAAGACGUCGGCUCAGUGUAGCCAUGUCUUUCCCGGCCAAAGUGAUGAGAGACGGGCAGCUGGAGAAGCGCAGCAGCGGGCUCCUCCAGCUGUGGAAGAAGAAGCGCUGCGUGCUUACCGAGGAAGGGCUGCGCCUGCAUGACUGCAAAGGCGGCGGUGAUGCUCCGAGCUCGGCGUGGAGCUCCAAAGCCAAGGAGCUCCGUUUCGAGCGCAUGGCCACUGUGGAUUGCGUGGAGUACAAACGAGGGCUGGUGUAUUUUACCGUGGUCAUGGCUACGGGUAAGGAAAUUGACUUUCGGUGUCCGCAGGACGGCACGGCGUGGAACGCGGAGAUUGCGUUGGCACUGGUGCGCUAUAAGAACCUGCAGGCCGUGCAGACGGGACGGAACAGGCACCUGUCCACAGCACACCUGGGCAGCACUGGGGAGGAUGAGGAGCUCUGAUCUGGUGAAUGUAAAUCUUCCUCGGAUGGAGGCUUAUUACUUUUUGGGAGUGAACCAAUCAGAGUGGGGAAGGGUAGAGGACACCAGACCCAUCAGCUUGAUUCUGUCGUGCACAGCAUGAUGGGAUGUACAGAACGGCCAUCAGUAUGGAUUAAAGGGCCGUGAACAAGUGUCACAGACACUCUUCUUGUCUUCCUUCAUGAGCUUCCUCCCACUGUUAUACAAAGCAUAGGAAUCUGAUAUACUAAGCAGCAGGAUAGAAGUAUUUAUCUGAGGUAAUUGUGCUGCAUAAGUAAAAACAUAGCGUUGUUUGGACAGAGACAAUGGAGCCGGGAAACUGUUUAAGCCAUGUGCCUUGCGUUUUAAAAAAUAUAUUCAAUUUUUCUUCAACGUUUUCUAACGUCUUCUGAAACAGGAGUCACUUUAUUUCUUAGGUCUUGGUUUUGAUGGAAACACAUCACUGUUUGACUCGCUUUAAAAGAAGAAAAAAAAGACUGAACAAAUAUACAUGCUUUUGCUGAAGUUGAACAUGAAGAAGAAAUAUUUUGCUCAUUUUCAUUGCACAUUUUAUUA